AUGCCACCAGCUAUGUUCAAUACAACAAUAACUCAUUCACUCGCUAAGCGAGCACUCAUGAAAGUUAAUCUUGGUGGCAGCGAACAUAAUCCUGUAGUUAGUGGUUCGAAUAAUAAACUUUAUAUGAAUGGAGCUCGCGAUUCUGAUGAUGAAACAACAUUGGUACAGAAAGCUGGUGGCCAAGUUAGCCGGAUUUUGGAGAGUGGUACUGAUGUGAUAAUCUCUCCUGCAAAGUGGUUAAAACAUAUGCAGGAAAACUGGUAUGCUUCUUUUAUAGUUUUUUAA